AUGCCCACAAUUACCUCCUUUCUUUGGAACAUUUAAUUUCCACCACAGAAGAGAGGGAGAGAGAACACAGCACACAGGAGACUCACAGUGACACAGGAGAACACAGCAUAUAGGAGACUCACAGUGAUACAGGAACUCUCUCAGGAUGAACAAGUGGAUUGCAAUUGCCCUGAUAGCCCUUCUGGCGUGCCAAUUAGGUGAUGCUGUGAAAUGCUACACAUGCCCUUAUACUACCUGUCUUACUCCCUCCACAACAAACUGUGGUGCAAUGGAAGUAUGCCUGACAAAGACAAUAGUUGUAGGCCAGCUUCCCAUUAAGCAGAAGUCAUGUUCAUCCCCCGAUAAAUGUGUCGGGUCAAGUGAAACCACAUAUGUCGGUAUCAAAGUGACAGAAACUCCAUCCUGCUGUAGUACCGACCUCUGCAAUUCAGCUGCCAUGCCCUCUGUAUCUAUUGUAACCGGCAUUGCCGUCCUACUGUCGUUGUGGGUGGCCAGACUCUUCUGAGCCAAUGACAAACGUUGCAAAGAGAACAGGUUGCUAUCACGAUCCUUCCCCAAAAUGCUGCACCUGUGUAAUUUUUACCUCUAUUUGACGCGUCACUGUCAUCUAAUCCAAUUAGAGGCAGCCAUCUUGUGUUUGCUGAACCAUUAGUCAUGAAAAUGUUGUCUCAGUGAUUUCCCUAGAUCUUAGGGAACUGAGAGGCUGCACAUUGGUUCAGCCCACAAAAUGGCCGCCUCCACUGUGAGGUAUAUCAUUAUUUACUUCUUAAUGCAUAGUAUAUCAUUGUCUCCUAUCAUUUAGAGUAUCCUGUUGCAUUCUCCUGUAAUUUAAAAAAAAUAAUAAUCUAAAUUAGUGGUUCUAAUGUACCUACUUCACUUGUAAUGUGUUGGUAUUAUAAUGUUGUCCUGUGAAAGAAAUAAAGACAUUUCUUUAUC